GGGUUUGGUAAUUGCAUCUUGUACUCAAUUUGGCCGGGAAAUAUUCGCUUGUUUCUGUCUGCAUUGAAUUGGAAAGAUACCAUUUAUAGCUUGGGAAGAUGAUACACGCCAAGUCUGAAUCAGAUUUUGCAACCUUAUCCCCACCAUCCUCCUACCCUGCCUCCCCUAAACCUCCCGUGUACUACGUACAAAGCCCUUCUCUCGAUUCCCAUGACGAUGCGGACAAAGCAUCUGCUACCGCUUCUUGUCAAGCCACCCCAGCUUACAAUAGUAGUAGUAGCCCAAUGGAGUCUCCUCGUACCUCAACCUAUGGGAGGCAAUCCAAUCCCAGAUCUUCGUCGGCCAGCAGGGUCUCGGGGAAUUGGCGAUGGCCGAGGAUCAGCAGGAAGAGAAGUGGCAAGGGAUGGCAAGAAUGCAGUUUAGUUGAAGAGGAGGGUGUUUAUGAUGAUUCGCAUGAAGAUGAUGAGAAAAGGUCACCUUUAUUAGCAGCUUUCGUGGGGGUUGCAGUGGUUUUUACUGCGUGUUGCGUGAUCAUCUGGGCCGCUAGUAGGCCUUACAGACUUCAAAUCAGCAUGAAGAGCUUGAGAGUACACAACUUUUAUCUCGGGCAAGGCUCCGAUCGAACUGGUGUUCCAACCAAGUUGCUUACAGUUAACUGUACAGCAACCAUGUCCAUUCACAACCCUGCUACAUUCUUUGGCAUUUAUGUCGGAUCCAAGAUGGUUGAUCUAAUGUAUUUCGAAAUGACAGUUGCAACUGGUGAGUUGAAGAGAUAUUAUCAACCAAGAACAAGUUCAAGGACCAUAUCAGUGAACCUAGAUGGGCGUAGCAUUCCUCUCUAUGGUGCAGGGGCAACAUUAGAUGAUGAUGACACAGAGGUUCCACUGAAGUUGAACAUGGAAAUCCAAUCACUAGGGUAUCUAGUUGGUAAGUUGGUCAAGACCAAAUACCAAAAGCGCGUCUCUUGUUCCAUGGUCUUCAAUACUGAACGCAUGGAGGAAAUCAAAUUUCACCCAGAUUCUUGUAUAUUUAAUUGACUGCGAACUGCAAAGAAGCCCUACGUUAUAAUUUUAACCUCCAGUAAAGCUUGUU